AUUUUUUUUCAUUACAGAACACAUCCGAUCAUAUCUGAUUCAGAAAAUCUCUGGAGAUUCACUAAAAGCAUAUUUGCAAAGCAACGAUUGGCUUUUCUUUAAUCGGGUGCUUAAAAUGUUUUGCUAACAAAUCGAGAAUCCUUCUUUCCUCUUCAAUCUAAAGCCCAAACAAACGGGUUCCAAAAUUUUCAUCGACAUCGUCCAAAUCUUUUUAUUUUUUGUGAGAAAUAGAAAAAGGGUUUCGAUUUUCCUUAACGAGGAUCACAGCUUGAUUUCCAAAACCCAGAAUUUCGGUGGAAAAAGCUGUAUUCUGAGGGUCUUUUUUUGUGGGUUCAACCAGGGGAAAAAAAAAGUGAGGUAAAGUAGGAUCGUAUCAUGGCUGGGUACAAACCCGAUGAUGAUUACGACUACCUCUUCAAGCUUGUGUUGAUCGGCGACUCAGGUGUCGGGAAAUCGAACUUGCUGUCUAGGUUUACGAGGAACGAGUUCAAUCUCGAAUCCAAGUCAACUAUUGGCGUUGAGUUUGCGACCAAAACGCUUAGAAUCGAUGGUAAAGUCAUCAAAGCUCAGAUUUGGGACACUGCUGGUCAAGAGAGAUACCGAGCAAUAACCAGCGCUUACUACAGAGGAGCGGUGGGGGCACUGCUUGUAUACGACGUGACAAGGCAUGCGACGUUCGAGAACGUUGCCAGAUGGCUGAGGGAACUAAGGGACCAUACCGAUCCAAACAUGGUGGUUAUGCUCAUUGGCAACAAGUGCGAUCUCCGUCACCUCGUGGCCGUCAAACCGGAAGACGGGAAAGCAUUCGCCGAGGCAGAAUCCCUCUACUUCAUGGAGACGUCAGCUCUGGACGCUACAAACGUCGAAAACGCCUUCAACGAGGUCCUUACUCAGAUCCACAAGAUAGUGAGCAAGAAGAGCGUGGAAGGCGGGAACGCGGAAGGGGUUUCGUCAGGUUUGCCAGCUAAAGGAGAGACCAUAAACAUCAAAGAAGAAGGGUCUCUGCUGAAAAGAAUCGGUUGCUGUUCGAGUUAAAGAUGAUACGGUUUGUGCAAUUUGAUUCACGGUUGAUGAUGUUUCUUGUGCCUGUAAGGGCUUUGGGGGGAGGAAGUUGCAGCCUGUUUGGUAUUUGACAUUCUCAUUGUAAUAAGACAGAAGUAAAACUAUCUCCACAAAGACGAUGAUUGAUCUAAAACUCUCGAGUUUAAAAGUUUGGUCUCUGUCA